AUGUGGAACGAUGCCGAUGCUGAGGAAGACGCCCAUCAGACAGCAUCGUCGCGCGUCGUUCCUCCUUACCAUGCGUCCUUCAUAUCGAGCGGUCAAAGAACACGCUCCCUGGUAUCAGGACUUGAGGAACCACCCACGGCAGUCUCAAGAAUCCGAGGAAGUUUCUGCCCGGUGGGCGGGCGUCUCUCGUCCGGGCUAUUCUCGUUGCCCGUUUUGUCAGACCCGACAGCUGCUACGAGUGAGGAUCCAUUCCCUCACCUCAUGCAACGGCAGGCUAUGACCUACCUACGUCAACUCAAGUCCACUUUCCCUCUGGGUCCUUGGACAGAGUGUAACCUUGUGGCACGCCGUACGGCAGCAUACCGCUCCGUCUGGGGGCACCGAGUGAUUGGGUGCCGACCGGCCAAUUCCCUUGCCCUGGCGAAUCAGAGCGUCAUGUCGUUACCUCUAAUGAAUGUGGGACAGUAUCCGUACAGAUACAGCAAGCCAAUUCCCAGCCAUGUUCACGAGCUACCAGUUGUCUCUGCAUGCAAUGGCGAUGGGGGCACCUGGCUAAGCCUCGGUGACCAGAAUGUCAAAAGAGAAAACUGUGAUGAAAUUGGCACAAAUCCACAAUACUCUCCUGAGGUCCAUCGUCCAUGGGUGACUCUCGGGUCGGAACAAGGCAGAACAUCUGCCCCCGGUUCGCAGUCUGACUCGCAGAACGCUAUCACUCUGUGUCUUGGUCUUUUCAACCCGCUUGUUGUAUCGUUUUCCUCGAGUUCAGACACGUGCUCGAUCGCAGGUGACCAUCUCAACAACUCGUUUCAUCUCGAUAGCGCAGGCGAGGUAGGCGACACAUCGUUCCAGGCUGGCCUGAUGGCGCUCCGGAGACGGCCCGCGUCUGACCGUCUGACGUGGGCGCGGCGGAGUGAGCGAGGGAACCGCGUCUACCGUUCACCCGCCGGCCGGCGUCCCAUGACGGACCAAGAACAGCCAGCAGAGGAAGAAGCCAACGCUGUCGAGCCACAUUUGAGGCGAGCCAUGAUACGCGAGAAACACCAGGGAAGCCGGAAGCGCACCAAAAAGCACGCAUCAAAUUCUGGGCAGAUGCAAGGUCCCCUUUUCCGCGUUCGCUCCCUAGUUGCGUUGCAGAUCCUCCUACUUGACUCCUCUCCCCUCUUUUGCCGGGCAAAACCUGCAGAAGACAAGAAAAAAACAGCCAGCGAGCGGGGAUCUCGAUGGUCCUUCUCGAGUGUUGAUGUAAGUGCCAGCCACGACGCCUCGCGAGGAAAGAUUGAGAGAGAGACUGUGCUCCGAGUCCUGCUGCUGAAGAAGAGAGGCCACCAAACUAUCGCUUGGACAGUACUGGAGACAUGGGCAAUAUUUGGUUUUCUCCAAAGCCCCCACCGAAUUUCCAUAAGACGGCGGAAUCCCCAUGUCUCUUGGAAUCCACUGUCGUCCGUCCGGAUCCGAGAUACCAACGCCAACCUAGUCGUCCCAAAUCUUGGCCAGGAUGCAGCGGCCGCUAAACCCCGGGUCCCGGGGUCGUCGACGAAUGGGCCCCUCCUUGCCCCUUCAGCCUUUCUGCCCCUUCUCCUAGGUGAGGACGCUGCUCCUCCUCCGCUGCAAGUCAGACAGGCGAGCGGACGACCCAACAGCCCCGGUGAUCCUCUGCAAUGGGUAUCCGUAGGUGUGUGCCAGGCCAAGUCGCUUCGGCACCUCAACAUACUUUGCGGUCCUGCGCAUCGUGCGUGCUGGAUGAUUCCUGGGAGCCGUGGGCCGCACCAAGGUAGGUCCUACUGGUACUGUAGCCUAUGCAUGGGUCUCCGCGCCCGGGUUCCUACGGACUGUAGGGCGACCUACUGGCCAUUAGACCUGCCUGGGCCAUGCCCUCAACCGCAGACGGACCCGUCAUGUAUCAUCGAAGGCAACUCUUCAGGUGAGCUUGGCGCCCUGUUUAGCAAGGGAACCUCUCCACCGUUUGCUGUUUGCUUCGUCUUCGCCUACUUGCCGAAGACUAUGGAGCUUCUGCUUUCAGGGGCCAGAAGAGACGACGGGCAUGUUACCGGUUGUGGACAUUACGAAGUCGGUGCUCCGGUAGCCCAACCUUCGUCCCAAGGAUAA